AUGCCAAAUUCAGAAAACACGACUUCUUUGUACCGCCACGAUGGCCUCCGUAGUGAUAACUCUAAGCAUCACUACGGAGAUGUUACUAAUAGAUUAGAGUGGGGUUUAGGAUUAUUGAAAGAUAAUUUGUAUUAUCUUAGAAUUGUUGCAAAAACGAAGAAUCGACGAUCCGGUGAAGCACCUUAUCCCAAGACUGAAAAUACAUUACCGUCUUCCAGACUAUCUUCUAAACAAACGACAAAUAUAUCUUUUGGAAUUAGGCAAGCUAUCAAUAACCCCUCAACCACCUCACCAUCUAAUAAAAAAAAUUACGAGAAACGGCGAAUAUCUGAUGUUGGCACAAAACCAAGUUGUAUUCCAUUAUCUAAAAAAUCUCCAGAGAAAACUAGUCGUGCUUCAAUAUCACCUGUAAAGCCGAAUUUCAUUAAAUCAGAGAAAACUGGAGAAGUUGUUUCUCAGCCAGACAGUAAAUCUAGAGUGGAUUCAUCCGGAAUUAAAUCUUUGUAUAGGAGCUCAGAUAAAGUCAAGAGUGAAAGUAAUAGUAAUCGUAAUGACAGAAGGCAUCGAGCUCAAAAGGAAACUGAAAAUAUUAGCGAAAAAAAUCAUAAUUCAAAGAAAAGACUGACUAGCAUAGUUACUUCUCCGAAACGAAAGGAUGUUGAUAAGGACGAAUUCUCUGAAAUAACGUUGAGUGUUAAAUCUCACACAAAUCCAAAAAGUGAUACUACUGGUGUUAGCGAAUCCUCCCAAGAUAUGUUUACCCUUCAUGAAACAGUCAGAGCUCAUGCAAGCAGUUCCAGACUUUCUCAAGAGAUGGACAGCUUAGCUGCAUUAACAAAGCAAACUUUAGACAGAGUUAACAAAUUAUCAAGUAACUUAACUAGUAAUAAGUUAAAUUUAAAAGCGCCUGAGCCUCGUUGUAAUUCUAUAUUUUCGUCAAUAUCCGAACAACAAAAUAAUAAUCAUACUUACAAUUAUGGUCUUAUUAAUGAGAAACCAAUUCAUAAUAGAGGUGUAAGUGAAAGGUUGAAAGAUAUUGAUACAGCAGCACAACGGUUAAUAGAUUUUGAAAGGCAAAGUGCAAUGUUUUCUGAUCUCAAUAAUGACCCAUCUAGUCAAAAUCGCCGUCUUGAUAAUUCCCAAAUGUCAUAUCAUACACCGGUAUCAAUUUUAAAAAGAAAAUCAAUUAAUGAAGAAAACACGGUUUCUAAUGCUCCUAAUAAUGUAAUCGCUUCGCCACCUGUUACCUUUUCGCCGAGUGUUGUUGAACCACGAAACUGCCGUUCUGGAAAUCGUCAAAGACAGGGUAUACUUAAGAAACGGCGUAGCUUAGACGAGUCGCAAGUUGCAAGAAGACGGUCUUGUAGUCCAGAAGUUUCUUUUGCUGAUGAUGGUUCCUCAGAUAUUAGUAAACCAAUUCUAAAAAACAGAAGAUCAUCCUUAGAGGACGUUGUUCGUAACAGAUCACCGGACGGCCAAAUUCAAGGUAUUCUUAAAAGAAAAUUGAGUAGAGAAGAGGAACUUACGAAUGAUGAUUUGUCGCAUAGCUCACCAGAACCCCAUGGUAUUCUUAAACGAAAAUCUAAUUCUAGCUCCAGUAGUAGUACAACCUCUUCGCAUGUCUCUAUUGCUCAAGCUGUGCUUUUAGCUGCUGCAGGUGGUGCAGAGAUAGUAGAAGAAGAAAAGGAAUUUGUAAGACCUAUUUUGAAGAAAAAAAGUUUUUCUGAAGAAAGACCGUGCCCUGAUAUUUUGCCUUCUGAGACUCCAAAGCCAAUUUUAAAGAAAAAGUUGACGGAGCACGAUGAUCAUGACUUCGAUUUGCCUAAGAAACCAAUUCUUAAAACCUCAAAAAAACUGUCAGGUGAUGAAGGACAUGCUUCUAGUUUCGAUUUGAGCGAAGACGACAGAAGCUCACGUAGACCUUCGCUUCUUAGAUCAAAAACUUCUGAUCAUUCCAGUUCAGAAUGUGAGGCGACUGUUAAACCUAUUUUGAAGCAACGUGGUUCCAGUCUUACCAGAGAUCGGAGUCAGUCUCCACGUGCGCGUCUUUCGUUUUGUGCAGAAAACGUUACAAACAUUUGCGUAACAAAUUUUUCGAGUGAUACAAGCGAUUUGUCGACGGCUGGACCGCGGCGAGUUUUAAAUAUUGCACCUGAUCAAGAAGAAAGUUAUCCAAGCGCAGUUAUCCGCCGGAGAAACCUUCGACCUAAAAUCAAUCCACGAUCGAUGAGUUUAGUGUGUGAUGUCAAUGAUGAAUUACUCUCAAUUUUGAAUAAUCGCAGACUAAAAGUGGAUGAGAAUUGUGAGAAUAAACAACGACAUUUGUGGGGACAAGACACAAAUUUAAAUGAUAAUAGUCCAAAAACAUUUCCAUCUAUCGCAUCGCGGAUUAAGUGCAUGGAGCAAGCCUUAACGAAGGAAAUGUUUUUAAAAGACCAGCCCUCAACAUCAAAAUCAAAACCUCGUGAUAAGGAACGUUACAAAACACAGCCUGUGACAGUCGACGAGAUGAGAUCAAUCUCUUCAAGUUUGGAGCCGAGCCAAGCGAGUUUCCAAGCGUAUGGCUCCGCGGGCUGUAGUUUUCCGAGUCAACCCGUCGAGUUCGGUGCUGCUAUCUCGACUAAGGGCUCCUACGUGGGAAAACCCGGAAAAGAUCCUUUCGAAGACCUACAUUCUCCGCCUUUUGGAGCGUAUUCCUACAAAGUGAAAUUACCUACAGAAAUUGACUCACCAGAAAGUGCCUCUAAUCAAGCGGAUCGCUACGGUGAAGCCACGUUCCUUGAUUUUGAAAAUAUAGGUGAAAGUCCUGAAACACACCAGUCUCUUGAAGAGAUAGAACAGGCGGUAAACAAGGUUCGUGUAGCCUUAGAUGAAGACAGCCGCGCAUUAGAAGAAGAUGAGAGGCAGCAAGGAGAAGCUGAUAAUUGGAGCUUAAAUGUGUCUUGUGACAGUGGAGUGUACAACCGAGCGUCAUCUAGAGACUCUGGACCACAUUCUGGCGAAGAACUAGGCUUGAUCGAAAGCCAAGAAAUUCAAGAUAAUACGACCAACAGCAGUAACGAUUGGUCGUGUACGUCUAUAGAGCGCGAUCUCAUUGCAAUGGAAAGAGAAAGGAAAUCCACCGAGAAUGAGGCAUUAAGAAGUCCUGAAAGAAGAGAAAGUGACGAUGAGAGUAACGAAAACCACAGCGGAUUUGCUCUUGGCUUGGUCAAGAGCAACAGCGUUGUGGCUCGCGCUAGUAUGUGGCAACAGCUGCAACAGCAAGCUAAGGGAACGCCUAAACCACUGAUCCGUCACAGUCGUUCAAAGUUAAAAGAGAGUCCUUCCGUCGUGGAGAGAUUCAAAACUCAACCUAUCAUUCAACCUCAGAGCGUCAUGGAGCCUUCCAAUGAAAGGCUGCCUCUCGCUCAGUCCAAGAGCACAGCUAAUGUGUUAGACAGAGACGAAGAUGCUAAGUUAGACGAAGAUGAUCCGGCAAAGAUGUCGCUUGCGGAGAAGAUGAGGAUGUUUAACGCGAAGUUGACUCACAAACCGCCCGUAGCUGGUCUACCGAGGCCAAAGGAAGAGAGGGUGCCAAGAGCUUCCCGUCUGAGGACGAUGCCGGUGCUGGCCAGCCAGGUGCAAGAGGCGAUGGAACAGAACGAGAGGCUAACUAAGUCGCUGACUCAUGAAGAUGUGCCGCGUAGUUCCGAUUUCCAACUCAAAAUGGAGUUGUUCCGCUCUGCGAGCGCGCGGAACACGUCGCUAGAGUUUCUCAUGCGGCAGAACUCAAAGUUUAGAAGCUUAGACUUGGAUGAUAAUCCACCAUCAGAGCGCGCUCAAAGAAUGAUAACUCCAGAAGUCCGUGGCAUAUUGAAGUCGGGAUCCACAGUGGUGCCUCCGAGGCCUAAGACUUUGGCGAAGGGGGAAAGCUCUGAGGGCCUAAAAGAUGAAGGCAUCGAUAGUUCAUCAGACGAUGAAUCCGCGUCCGCAUCGAGCGUCUCAUCCUCUGAGAAGAGUUGCUCCUCUUCAGACAAUUCUGAGGAACUACCCGACCCGAAGCCGAGACGUUUUCAACGCAAAAUCAACAAAUUGAAAUCAUCCAAAACCGAUUCGGAUCUCGCUAGGACGCUACAAGAAACAUACCCUCGUAAAAUUCAAUUACCAGGUGCGAAUGAGCUAAAGGAGCGUCUUAACCAGGUGAAUAAUGUUGACGAAAAGCUUCCAUUGUUAGGUAAACUAGGCAGGAGAGCGACUGAAGAGAGCAACGAACAAGAUGACGAGAAAAGCACUCGGUACAGAAGGUUCGUGAAGAAACCUGACGAACCGAUACAAUUGGGCAAACUCAGACGGCCAACAGAGAAAACUGUGAAUCAAGCCGUUGAAGAAAAACCAGCACCUGUUCUAAAAAUUACGGCUAUGAAUCAAGCCGCAAAGAAUAAGUUCUUCGGAGUGGACACCGAGAAGAAAGAGAAGAGUAUUGAUGAACUGACAGCUGCUGUCCGAAAGUAUAUUCCGGCGGUGAACAAAUCAAUGUCUACGCACACUAUGGAAGUGGCCGGCUCGGGGAGCGACGGAGAAAGCAGCGGCGGUAGAGAGGUGCGGCACAUCAACACCAGAGUUCGGCACAGGGUGGCUGGCGGUGUGCAGAGGAGUGCCACACAUGCCGACAUGCCGCACCGAGGGGGCACCAUUGCCGAAAGGCUAGCGGCUCUGCAGGCAGCUGGCGCUAACGACUGGCGCGCUAGAGUCUGCCGCCUCAGCCCGGAAAGAGAGGACGCCAAAGCUAUUGAACGCGUCAAGAACCGCAUCAACGAAUCUCUUAAUUCAGCAGUAGAUGACAAAAAGAAGGUUCAAAUUGAUGAAAAUGAACUAGGCCCUAACAUUUUAGCCGAUAGAAGGAAUAAGCUUGAAACAGCUGCACAAGGUUGGCGCAAACGCGUACCCCAGAGCGAUGCGUCGCUGUUCACUGUGGCCGGUCGGUUGGAGAGGGACAAGGUCGCGACUGCGACGCCACCCCUCACUCCGCCCCCGAACCCACCGCAAGCCGUCACUCCUGGCGUACCAGCCCCAAAUAAGUUUAGAUCCCGCAAAGCACCCACUUCGCCUACCAAUGGCUUUGCUUCGGGCCCACUUCGCUCUGCUUCCUGCGCCGUGGUUGGCGCGGCCGAAGCGAAGCAGAAAGAACCCCCGCGCGUUGACCGCGAAUCCUUCAAGCGAAGCCACUCCGUUAGUGAAAGCAUCAGUAAGGUCGAUGAGAGCGAGGAGUCCCCUGGUGCGGAGAAGUCCGGAUGUCCAGUGCGCAUUCCGAAGGCGGACGACGAAACCUUCCAUGCGUUUUUUGCUCCACUACAGGAGAGGGAUAACGCGCCCGCAGACCUUGACCUUGAUUUGGAUGCUAUUGAUAGUGGAUCAAGACAACUGCUGGCGAGCGAGUGGACGCGGCGUGCGAAACGAGAGCGACGUCACGCGGCGUCGCGUAACCCGCUGCGUGCACUGGCGGCGCGCACCGACCUGCGCGACGAGUACCGCGCGCAGCCCUGCACGCUGCGCGACCAGCUCGUCAAAGAGAGAGCGACCGCAAAUUGCGGCUUAGCAGCUGAAGCGUUGGCUGCGUUGGCUAGCAAAGAAGAUUUUUCUAACGUUGCUUUAAGAAGUGCGUCCUCUACCACCAUCCCAAGCCAGGGCACCAAGCCGCUGAUGUUACUUCACGUUAAGGGACGAAGAAGAGUGCAGACGAGACUCGUGGAGCCUGUGCACUCGAACGUAAAUCGCGGUGAUUGCUUCCUACUGGUUACUCCCGAUCAAGUUUUCUUGUAUAUUGGACUUUAUGCAAAUGUAAUCGAGAGGAACCGAAGCACAGACAUCGCUUUACAUAUCCAUAACACAAAAGAUCUCGGUUGCAAAAACUCUACAGGGGUAAUUAAGAUCGACGAACAAACCAAAAACUAUUCCAACAAACAUUGGAACCAAUUCUGGUCACUUCUCGGCGUCACCGAAGAUAUUGAAAACUAUAAACCAAUCGAAACGGGACAUGCAGAUGAAGACGAGAUAUUCGAAUCGUGUAUCGUCCAAACCAACAUGUGCUAUGAAGUGAUAGACGAUGAGCUGGUGCCAAUAAAGGAGUAUUGGGGCCAAGUCCCAAGAAUCGCUAUGUUGAAUCAGUCGAAAAUAAUCGUUUUCGACUUUGGUUCCGAGAUGUAUAUAUGGUAUGGAAAGAAUGUCCCUCUAGAAAGUCGAAGACGAGCGGCGCAACUGGCUCAGGAGUUGUUCGACGAUGGCUACAAUUAUGAGGAAUGUCACAUUAACCCACUGAACGCAGCUGUCUACCAAGGCGCUAGAGAAGAAGCGACAAGUCCACUUGUAAAAGCGUCGAAAUCCAGACCCGAAUGGGCGAUACUGUCCAAAAUAACCCAACACAUGGAGACGAUAUUGUUCAAAGAGAAAUUCCUCGACUGGCCAGAUUACAGUCGAGUUAUCAAAGUGAAGCCGCAAGAGAACAAAUCGAACAGCGUCGAGAUAACACCUUGCGAUGCCGAGGAGAUGUGGUCGAACGAAUAUGAAGAUCCCGAUCUGGUACUAGAAGGUUCUCAUCUCGGACGUGGCACUCACUACUACGAUAAGGAUACCAUGCGGCAUUAUGAUAUCAAGACCAAGUCAGUGUGCAAAUGGUUGAUACAAGAAUAUGACUACCAGAAAGUUGAAAACGACUCUGAAGUCGGAGAAUUCUUCUCAGGCGAUAGCUAUAUUAUUAGAUGGGAAUAUCAGGUUACGGUUACCGGUAGAGAGUUGAAUGGAAAACCUUCCAAACACAAUUUAACAGGAAGAGAUCGCUGCGCGUACUUCUGCUGGCAAGGCAGAGACGCGUCGUCCAGUGAAAAAGGCGCCGCUGCCUUGUUGACUGUUGAAUUGGACAAAGAAAAAGGACCUCAGGUUCGAGUCGCUCAAGGAGCCGAGCCUCCCGCCUUCCUCAAUCUUUUCCAAGGGAACCUGAUAAUCCACCAAGGCAAAAAGGGAAUCGAUAAGAGCCGCUACAAACUAUUCGUCACGCGCGGGAACGUGUCCAACGAGGCCUACCUACUGCAAGUGCCGUGUUCGGUCAGACAGUUACGUAGUCGUGGAUCGCUACUCUUAAUUGACACGGAGAAAGGUUACCUUUAUAUCUGGCAUGGGAGUAGAAGUCUGAAACACACAAAGAACGUCGCCAUCGAGUUAGCGAAUAAACUGAUAGCGCGUAAAUCGAAUUAUUUAUUCGGUGAUAAUGCUUCAGACAUCAAAAUAACCGAAGUUAAAGAGGGCGAGGAGCCCAAGGAAGUGCUGGAAGCGUUGGGCGUGGCAAAUAAGCAGUAUUAUAAUUCGAUGCUAUCGGGUAAAGAAGCGAACUGUGACGUGACGUUAAGACUGUUUCAUUUCACGGACUUGGGCGGUCAGUUCGAAGCCAACGAGGUCCUGUCGCCGUUGCGCCACGAGCAUCUGGUGACACCCUUCCCUUUUGAACAAAAGGAGUUGUAUUCGGCUUCGCAACCCGCUUUAUUCCUGGUGGACGAUGGACAGGCGGUGUGGCUGUGGCAAGGCUGGUGGCCACGAGGUGAAGAUGGCGAGCUGGAACCGGCCGAGAUUAAUGCCGGUGUGGGCGCGUUUGCGGCGCGCUGGCAGGCGCUGCGGCUAGCAGCGCUGCGCACGGCCGACGCGUACGCACGCACUGCGGCCGCCGCGCAGCCCGCGCGUGCGCACACCGACGUGAGCCUGGUGGCCGCCGGCCUCGAGCCCAGCGCCUUCGCGCACCUCUUCGACACCUGGCAAGAGCACGAUCAGGCCGCCGAGGCCAACAUUGCGCACGGGUAUAAGGCAGGCGAGGUGAUGUCGGGACGUUGCGAACUGUCGAGACUCGCCAACUGUGACGCACUGCUGCCGCUUGCAGCGCUGCAGCGGCGUCCGCUCCCCGACCACGUGGACCCACAUCACCUAGAGCGGCACCUGUCCUCGCCCGACUUCAUGGAGGCUUUCGGCAUAACCAAAGAGGAAUUUGCAGCUCUACCCGCUUGGAAACAGACCAACAUGAAGAAGGACGUUGGCCUGUUUUGA